UCUAUAUCGUUGUCCAUUAGAGUGACACCACUGUUGGGUUAUUUACCGCAAGAACUGAUGGGCACCUCGUGUUACGACUACUGCCAUCCCGACGACGUGUUGACACUCGCUGAGAGCCAUCGCACGGCGUUGCAUCAAACGGAUCGCACAAAGAACUCAUUGCCGUAUCGGUUCCGGACCAAACUCGGCACUUACCUCUAUCUGACCACUCUAUGGAAGAUAUUCAAGAAUCCGUGGACUCGCGAGUUCGAGUACAUGGUAGCCGUCAACGAGAACGUGGCCACACCUGACCCGCCGGCCAAUCAUCACCACCACAACCAUCGCAGUCAUCACCACAACCGCUGUCCACCGGCGCCCCAACAGUCAAUGCCCGCCACCGUUGCGCGCCAUAAGACCGGUGGCGGUGGCCAUCAUCUGGAUGUGUCCGACAACAGCGCCAGACAUCACAAUCAUCACAAACGUCACACACACUCGUCGUCUCAAUCGUCAGAUGAGGGACUCAUCACAUCCCAGUCCUCGCCGUCUACUAUUAACUCUAUGUCUUCGUCGGCCACUACCGGAACCGGUGGUCAGUCGUCGUCGGAUAUCCCGCGGACGAGCCCUCUGUCCGCCAACUCGUCGAUUGUGAAGAGAUUUAUCGCCAAUCGUAUCAAACACUCAAAGAUCGGCCAACAGAUCGCCGAAGAGGUGUUGGAGGCCCAGCGCAGGGCCGACGAGUUUAGCUCCUCGUCCUCCCAGUCCUCGUCCAAUAGCCCGCCCUCUAGUCUCGACACCGGGAGUAGCGGUGGGGGCGGCGGUGUUGUCCGCAAUAACGGAUCCAUUAGCUCUUCGUCGGCCAUCGGUUCUCUUACGGGCAGUUCUCAGUCGGUAUCGUCGGCCACAGCCAUGACAUCCGUGUCGGCCAAACAGUUAUCAUCGGUCGACGGCGACGACAAUGGCUACGACCUGACCCGCGGUUGCGAUCCGAGCUUCAAAACAAUGAGCGGCGCUUCCGGUCAGAGCCCCUCCGAGAGUGGCGUUUGUUUUGACACCCUUUCCCUGCCAUCCGUCCAAAGUAUGUCCAACAGUUCGCUAACAGAUAUCUCACAGUUAGAGCCCAUCACCGACUUUGGCGGCACCGGUGGUGCCAGUAAUGGCCGAUAUUUAACUUUAGUUGAUAGACAUGUCGGUGACUGUAAUAAUCAUGAUGGUAACAAUAAUGGCGGUAAUGUUUUUUCUAUGGAUAUGACUAGCAAUGCGAGAAUGCAUUAUAAUAGGGUUGCCACCAAUAAUGGUCAUUCAGACAUCGAUGGUUUAGUUGAUAAUCGUAUACAACAACAACAGCCACAGCAACACAAUGUGGCCAACGAUGAGAUCAAUGACGCGGCUAUGAAUCUAAUCAUGUCUAUUUUGGAGUCGGAGUCCGGAGAACUAGGUGGACAGGUUGAUUUGACCAGUAUGCCAUGGCCUAUGUAUUAAUAUGGUUAGUAACAUGGC